GUUGCCGCCGCACAGAAAGCGCUGACAGAAAAGGAGCAUGAGUUGGUCGAAAGUAAACAGCGCGAGGCGGCAAGCACCGCUGAGUGCAGCAUGGCUCAGGAGCUCGCGCGCGAGAGCACCGAGGCGCUAAAGGAGGAGAAGGCUAAGAGAGCAGAGGCAGAGCGGUUGCGGACGGCGCUAGGGUGUUUUUUGGUUCUGGCGGGGUUCUUCGGAGCGUUCGAUGUGAUUUUAUUGGCUCGAGCGAUUUUCCAUCUGGAAGAUCCAGGACACUUCGAAUUUUUUUCCUAUAGGAAAUUUGACCGAUGGGCACCCCUAACUGUAUUGAGUACAAAUUUUGGCGCCCAGGGUACGGGGAUGAUACAGAACGCACAGAAUAAUCCUGUAGGCAUCCCGCAAAUCACGAUGGCGGUCGAUUUCCCGAAGUCACAGAAGGCGCCCAUGCUUCCCAUCAAUCGCCCGGAGGACUUCAUGUUCGCCUUACGGAAGUUCUGCGGCACCUACGGCAACAAGACCAUGACCCAGCCUGCCCUCAAGAUGCUUCCGUCGAUACCACUCGUCCACUCUGCUCUAGCAGUCAAGGAGGCAGACAAGAUGUCUGCAGCACAGCGAAACCUGGCAGCGUCAAAGUGCAUGCAAGAGAUCGCGGUUCCUGGUUUCAUCAAGCUGAUCGAGCACGCCCUGAGCACCAUGGAGGGGCCACCGCAGAUGCCUCACAAGUGGAAGGUCAUGGUGUACUACACGACCCUUGGUUCAGGCACCUCCAAGGCGAAGACCUUCAUGGAGAAACCGUCGACCGUCCUGACCAAGUUCAAGAGCUACAAGGCCAAGUACACGAGAGUGUGGCUCUGGCUUGACACGAACGACAAGAACACACCGUCUGAGCUGCCGUCUGGGACCAACACUCAGGACUCCCUAGAGGAGCUCAACGACGCCAUGUGGUUCGAGUCGGACAUGUACAAGCGGGACAAGGCUAGAUCGGACAAGGCAGGCGCUGAGGUUGCGGAUUUCCUCUCUCGGGGGGCAGCGGGGAGCGUCGACGCCGCCGGCUCCCCAGCCGGCUCCCCCGUUACCGGGGCGGGCGCCGGGGAGAGCGUUGACAGAGCAGGGAGUCCACCUGCAGGUCAGGGACCGGCGGCGCAAGCGGCGUUGGCUGAGACGGAGGUCCGCCAGGAACCGGGAAAGCAGGGACCGAUGUCGUUGGCCGCCGCCGCCGCCGCCAACAUCCGCCGGGAGCAGGAGCGAGAGCAGGAUAAGGGCGGGGACGAGGGCAAGCACGAGGGCGAGGAGGUGCCUGAGUGGUGGGUCUUCCCCUUCCUGCUUCUCACAGCGGCGUACAGCCCGUGGAGCGGUCGGGCCCCGUCGGAGUGGAAGCACCUCGACUCUUCGGACGGGCCGUCUAUAAAGCGGAAGGGCGGGGACGUCACCGUGGACUCUGAAAACCCCGUGUGCAGCCCCGCGGUGAUGUCGCGCCUUAACCCCAACGGCGACGCUUUGAGCCGAAGCAGCAGGAGAGGAAAGCAGCGGCCGACAAGGAACUUCCAAGAAACCCGGAAGGAAGCCCUUAAGACGAAGAAGAAGGGCCUGGCCGCCUUAGAGGCUGCGAACACACACAUCGAGACCAUAGGCGCAAACAUGAAGAGGAUGGUCGAGCUCAAGGAAGCGGAGGCUGUGGGCAUCAAGCGCGAGAACAAGAUCAAGGCUCUCGAGAAAAAAAUUAUGCUGCGUCUGGGGGACGAGACAGAGAACCGGGCGGAGCUCGAAUUCUUGCUAAACGAGUUUUAGUCAACUCAUUACGGUUGUCUUGCGUGUUGGCAUGUGAUCGUUGUUCAAAGAAAGGCGGUUGUGUGUUCAUAUCUCUGUGUUUUUUUGAACAAAAGGCGCAAUAGAAUACCAACUCUUUCGCACGUGACCAACAUGCAGGGAGGGGGGAAG